AUGGAAUAUGUAGAAACAACACUGAUUGCUUUCCAGGUUGCUGUUGGAAUUAACUCAUUUUCGGAUAUCUACGCAUUUGGUCACAAGGAUCUAGAUGUUGUUUCUGAAUUCGUGCAAGUCAAGACCAAAGCCAACACCUUGGAGCUUACAACCAGUCAUUUUGUCCCAGUUAAUACGAAAGGAGAGACAAUUUACAAGCGAGCUGCUGAUCUCAAAGUUGGAGAUAGCCUGUCCACAAUCUCUGGAGCCUCACCAAUCACAGAGAUCUCAAAGGUUGACAAGCUGGGACUCUACAACCCCUUGAUACUCUCGGACGACAUUCUUGUGGUGGCCUCUGUUCACAGCGAAUGGUUCUUAGAUUCUCUGUUCAAUGCUCUUGGUGCAAGCGAAUACCUCCCAUAUGCAUACCAGUCACUGCUCGCCCCAGUUCGUGCUCUUUACAACAUCGCCGGAAGCACACUCUACUCGCUGGCUACUCCAUGCUCGAUUCUUGCGUGA